CUCUUGGUAGUACUUUCUUUUUAUUCCACGUUAGUCCGAUCGAAUGCUAGUGGGUCGUACGUAGGUAUGUCCUCGUCGUGAAAUAGAUGAACUCAUAUCACUAUAAGAGCGAAAGAGAUUUGUGUUGUCAGUGGUUGUGACACAGCAGAGAACACACAUGAGGAUCCGCGGAAUUGAACGACGCACCGAAGAAAAGACAUUUUUGUUUUAGAGAAAAGGAGGUCUUUGGUGUGUUGUAGAUGGUUAAAAAAAAAAACACACACACACACAACGCGAGGUGUAGAUUAGAUAACACUCCCGACAAACGAAGGCCCGAAUUUUAGCAGAAAAAUUCACCUAGGGAACUUCCGUCCUCUUCCCUGGAACGCCAAAGAGUAACACCGUUAACGGACUGAUAUAGGUGCUAGGGACCCCAGUGUUCGCCCUCGUCAGAAAGCCUGGCUCAGUUCGGCUACAAUAUUAAACCUUGACAUCAGCCUUAUUCUUGACAGCACCCUUUUAAAUUAAUUGUAAAAGUCUUUAAAAAUCUUUCUUAACUGAUAAUCUUCUUCAAAGUUUGAGUACCAUUUGAUACCAUUUUGAGAUUUCAAGUCAGUGUAAAAACGAAGUUCAUUGGUUAAUUUCUUUUACGUCAAUUAUUAUUCUUCCACUUUCUCUUCCCUUCUUGCUCAUUAUCUCUCCCCUCCUCCCUCACCUCUCUUAUUCUCUCUUUUAUUAAUUUUAGAUAGUCUUUUUUGAUGCACCAUUCCUCUUUCCUUUAUUUGUUCAAUUUUGUAUUUCUUUUUUUUUUUUGGCCUGCCUUUUUGUUUUUUGGUGUUUUUAUAGUCAGGGACAGGCUUGUUUAAUUCAUAACCAUCAUCAUCAAGCUUAAAGGCGUUGAAUCAUAUCUAUCAACAUUGCUCACAUCCAUACCAUUUACUGGUGAAAUAUUUUGGAUUGAAACUUUUGUUGGGCACAGUGACUGGCUAAAUGUUCUGAACUACUGGAUAUUUUCUUUUGCUUAUCAUUACAUCAUUUAUUCGUUGCAGCACUAGCGACAAGUGGCGAUCACGCCGCAAAAUGCUCAACAGUCAGACACUGGUGCUAUUGAAGAAGCUGCAGAAGAAAAAAGAUCAGGGGCAUUUCAACAUCUUCCCAGACAUUGCCAUGUGCGCCCUGGACAUUAUCUGUGAACACGCGUGGGGACGUGCAUACAUAUGGCCGUCAGUGAGUUCGAGUGAUGUGUGACGGUGUAUGAAAGUGAGAAGUGAACGCGUCCUUGACAUGACUGCCAUGGGUCAACAUGUCAGUGCACAGACAAAAGAGUCCGACUAUGUGCGUGCUGUUAUCCGCAUCUGUUCAUUGUUAGAGAAGAGGAUGCGAACCCCUUGGCACUGGAACAAAGUGUUGUACAACAUAUUCGGCCAAGGACAAGAGCAUGACGAGUGUCGAGAGAUACUUCAUGACUUCACACAAAAGGUGAUUAAGGACAGACAUAGCACCUUUGACACCAAGAAAGCAGAGGAGGUUUUGGGAUGCCUUAAGUUCGAUGACACCACUGAAAGCAGAACUAAGCGUUUAGCUUUUUUGGACAUGCUUCUGUAUAUGAGCAUGAGUGAUCAGACACUGUCCACUGACGACAUUAAGGAGGAAGUCGAGACAUUCAUGUUUGAGGGUCAUGACACUACUGCAGCUGCUAUGAACUGGGCGUUAUACACCGUCAUCGGCACUCGUCCCGCUUUCGCUCCCGAAACGUCUGACCACCUUACCCGAGGUCAUCUUUCUGACUUAUUGCUAGCUGUGUUAAACAAGUUGUGACAAAACAAUUGACGUUCAGAAAACACUUCUAAGUUCUAAUUAAGCAAAUUAUUGAACCCAUGUCUUCACGUUAAGCCCGACAAUAGUAACAAGCAGUUUAUUAAGUUAUCGUCACCAUAUUAUUUCGCUGUAAGAAAAAGCCGGUACUAUCACAGACGGUGGGAAAGGUUACGAACAAUUAAAACACUAAAUUGGUGCGUUAUUUCGCGAAAUUAAUCCAACGGCAUAUAAAUCAGU